AUGAACCUCCCACCGGACUGCCUGCUGCACAGGGCCUCUACCCUCUUGGCGCAUGACUGGAACCCUCCGCCCCCUGACAUCAACCCGUUGGCUCUCCUGGAAGCGAGCCUCCCAGCUUCGGCGCGAGAGGCACUUGGUCAGUACCGGACGGAGAAACCAGGAACUGGUAACCUCCAGCUCCGCCUGUCCAAGUGCAUCAACCAGCAGCGGGCGAUCGACCUAUUAGGAGACACAGUCAAGGACCGGCCCGGCGCCAGAAGGGGGCACGCGAUCCGGCUGAUCAGUCUGAAGGGGACAGGGGCCGGGGAUUGGCUCCAUUCGGUGCCAACGAGAGCUGACCUUACCAUCUCCCCUGGUCAGUUCUCCUUGGCCCUAGGCCUCCGCCUAGGCAUGGAGCUCCCGGCAGCCGAAGUGUGUCCGUGUAAGCGGGAUGGUGCGACAAUUUCAGACAAGAGCCUCCCUAAUCACCUGCUGCGCUGCCAAGAUGGAGGGGAUGCGGUGAGAACACACAACGCACUGGUGUAUGCGGCGCUGCGCAUGGCGGAUGAGGCAGGAUACAAGGUCUUCCACGAAACAUCAGCCUUCUCACCGCCCAUGCUCAGGAAGAGGGCGGACCUGGCCAUUUGGGAUGAGGAGUCGGGGGAGACCUGGGUGACGGACGUCACGGUGACAGAUCCAGUGCUGCAAAAUAGAGACCCGAGAGCGUACAGGCCGCCUGGCUGGGCGGCAGAGGAGGCGUCACAGCGGAAGCACCGCCUGUACGAGGGGAGACCCAGCUACACGGGCUUCUUUGGCCUAGCUGUUGAGUCCUACGGAGCGAUGGCAGCGGAUACGGCGCAGUUCUUCCGCAUGCUGGCCACCCACGCGGCAAAGAAGAAGUUUAGGCAGGGCCGCCUCACCACCACUGCUGCCCGGCUUAACGCGCACUACCGACAGCGCUGGUCCGUGAUGCUGCAGCGGAGCCAGGCUAUCUCGCUGCUGUCCAAGUCCAACCGGGCAGCUGAGGCGGCGUUCCCACAGGCGGCGGCGGACCCCUGGGCCCCACGGCUGGGGGAAUUAUGGCAGAUGACCCAAGACGAGUAUGAGGAGCGGGAGGCUCCUGCGAGAGCGGCAUAG